AUGUACAUCUCAAGCCUCCUCCUCCUCCUAGCAACUCUCGCCGUCGCACGCCCAACAACCACCAAAAAUAACGUCGUUCACCGCGCCCCAAUCCCAGAUGGCAGCUUCAUAACACCAACAACCCCCACCUCAACGCCAAAACCAACACCAAGCCGUCGUCCCCAUGGACACGCAGUCAUCAAGAACAACUGCGACUUCUCAAUCUACCUCUGGUCCGUCGGAACAGCAGUCCAAGCAGAGAAAACCCUCCUCCCAAACGAUGUCUACAGCGAGAUAUUCCGCGAAGAAAAGAGUACCGGCGGAAUAGCCAUCAAGAUCAGUACAGACGUCGACGGACUGUAUACCAGUGCGCCACAGAUGAUCUUUGCCUAUAACCUGUCCAAUGUGGCCCAGGGCAAGGUCUGGUAUGAUCUCAGUGAUGUUUUCGGAGAUCCGUUCGAGGGAUAUCCCGUCAGCCUUACACCUGCUGAGCCGCAGAUCAAUUGGGCCGAUGCAAUUCGCGUCGCGCCCAGCGCAGCAAACCGCGCUCUCAAUCUCCUCCGUACAGUACAAUAUACUCACCCUCCAAACUGUCCCUGUCAUGGCAAUCCCGCCCACCACCACCACCACAAAACCCCCGCCCUGCUCAACCAUGUAAAGCGCCACCUAGCCACGCCGAUCGACCGAUCGCGCGAGAAAGAAUACGCCUUUGAAAUGGCCGCAUCGAGUAUCCGCUUCGGACCUGGCGCAACGAAGGAGGUUGGCAUGGACUUUGCGAAUAUGGGCGCCAAGCGCGUAUGCAUUGUUACCGAUUCGAAUGUUGUCAAGCUUGAUGCUAUGAAGCAGGCUGUGGAGGGGCUGACUAGGGAGGGUAUUGAGUUUACGGUGUUUGACAAGGUCCGCAUUGAGCCGAAGGAUAGUUCUGUGAGGGAGGCUAUUGAUUUCGUCAAGCCUUAUAAGCCUGAUGCUUUCUUGGCUGUUGGUGGUGGAUCUGUCAUUGACACGGCUAAAUUGAUGAACUUGUACAAUGCCUACCCCGAAGCCGACUUCCUCGACUUCGUCAAUGCACCCCUGGGCAAGGGUCUCCCCGUUGACAAGCCGCUUCUCCCACUCGUAGCCGUGCCUACGACUGCAGGAACAGGCUCAGAGACGACCGGCACAGCCAUCUUCGAUCUGGUCUCUAAAAAGGCCAAGACGGGUAUCGCCCACCGCAAUUUGAAGCCCACACUGGGAAUCUGUGACCCCAUCAACACACGCACCAUGCCAUCAGCCGUGCACGCCUCAUCCGGUCUCGACGUGCUCUGCCACUCCCUCGAAUCGUGGACAGCUAUCCCCUACAACGAGCGCACGCCGCGUCCAACAAACCCAAUCAACCGCCCCGCCUACCAAGGCGCAAACCCCAUUUCCGAUAUCUUCUCUCUCCAAGCACUGCGCAGUACAGCCCAAUUCCUUCCACGCGCAGUCCGCGAUCCAGAUUACCAUGAAGCCCAAUCAAACAUGCUGCUCGCUGCCACACUUGCGGGUGUAGGAUUUGGCAACGCAGGAGUCCACCUCUGCCAUGGCCUCUCGUACGGAAUCAGCUCUCAAAACCCCGGCUACAAACACGCCGGAUACGACGUCGACCACCCAAUCAUCCCACACGGUGUCUCCGUCGCCGUAACCGCCCCUGCAGUCUUCCGCUUCACCGCAGCGUCAAAUCCAGACCGUCACCUUGCAGCGGCUGAAGCCUUUGGCGUUGAUAUCUCGAAUGUCAAGCGUGAAAGCGCAGGUGAAGUCCUCGGCAAUGCAAUUGCAGAGUUCCUUGUCAAGCUUGGAGAUCAGCCUCGUGGAUUGAAGGAUCUCGGAUAUAAAGCGUCUGAUGUCGAUGGGCUUGUUGAAGGGACUUUGCCUCAGAAGCGGGUUUUGAUGUUGGCGCCUAAUCUUAGUGAGGAGUUGCAGGCCGAGAAGGGGGAGUUGAGGAAGUUGCUUGAGGAGUCUUUGGAUUAUUAG